AUGGAAGCGAGGCGCAAUUUUAACGACAUAGUUGCAGAGCCACUCACGGAAGACAGCAGUGAAGAUUGGUUCGAAUGGGUUAAGAACUAUCUAAUAUCUCGAGAUCUUUGGACAGUGACAAGCAGUAGUAGCGCCAGACCAGAGAGAUAUCGUGUCAAAGAUUUUGCCAAAUGGAGAAGAAAGAAUGCCGCAGCAUUACAUGUCAUUCGUAUCUCUUGUGGGCCUCACAAUCAGUCUCUUAUAAGAGGGCUCUCUGAAGCCAAACGUGCAUGGGACAUUCUCUAUGAUACCUACAAUAAUGACUAUGCACUCUCCCCUGCAACGGCCUCUGCACCGGCCUCUCCUCCAGCGGUGAUUACAGAGUUAACGGAGGCAGAAGGAUUAGAGAUGAGUAAUAUGCUCAAGGCCAUAGCUGAAAACAACUGGUCGGUUGCAAAAGCAUGCAUUGAUCGCUAUCCUCAGGUAUUGGACGUAAAUUUUGCUACUUCAAUGGGCGAAACACCUCUUCAUGUGGCUGCAAAGUUUGGGCGUCUGGGCAUAGUAGAGGAGUUGGUGAGAUUAGUUCCUGAAGAAUAUCUGGAGAUACGCGAUGCUUAUUAUAACAAUACUCCGCUUGCAAUAGCUGUUUCACAUAGUGAACUCAUCCCGGUUGCAGCAUGCUUGAUCAUCAAAAAUAAAAAGGCACUUGCAAUUCCAACUCUUUCCGAUUGGGAGAUUCCUGUUACCCGGGCUUUUUAUUCUGGCCGCAAGGAAAUGGGACGUUAUCUUUAUCGUGUCACUCCUUUGGAAGUCUUCCAACCAGAAAACGGUACUGUGGGGCCUCAGUUCCUCCACGCCUGUUUGAGAUGUGGAGAAUUAGGUAGCAUAACUACUCUUAGAUGA